AUGUUGAAAGGCAUCAACCCCACCGUCUACGACUUCUCCGACCACCACUACCUCUCCGCUGCGACCGCGGCCGAAUUGAACGACCGUGCGGUCAAUGAGGCAAUCUAUGGCUCCGACGAGUUCCGAAUGUACGCCUACAAGAUCAAGAGGUGCCCGCGGAUGCGGAGCCACGACUGGACGGAGUGCCCGUACGCCCACCGCGGCGAGAAAGCUCAGCGGCGGGACCCCCGUAAGCACAACUACGCCGCCAUCGUCUGCCCCGCGUUCCGUAACGGUGGGUGCGAGAAAGGCGACGCCUGCGAAUUCGCCCACGGCGUGUUCGAGUACUGGCUGCACCCCGCCCGGUACCGCACCCGCGCGUGCAAUUCGGGUCAGUUCUGCCAGCGCAAGGUCUGCUUCUUCGCACACUCGCCGGAGCAGCUCCGACCGGAGACCAAAUUAAAGCGACAUUACGCGUACCGGGCGAUCCGGACGGCGUCGAUAGACGCCAUGAACGACAUCAAUAAGAAGUUCAUCAGUACCAACGGCGGAGAUGGAUCAGCAGCCACGUCAUCAUCGUCGUCGUCGCCGUCGCCGGGGUUGAGGAAGACUGUUAGUGCUAUCAGUACCAUUGACGAUGAUUCUUUCGAAAGGUUCUCGGAGUUCUUGAAGAGUUUGAGAGCUUUGAAGAUAAGCGACGGUGGUGAUGGUCAUGAUGUGCAUGAUCAGAUCAGAAGAGAUCAUCAGAGAAUGGCCGUGAUGAUGCGUUCUACUUCUUCUUCCGGGUUAAUGGAUGUGUCGGAGUCCGAUUUGCCGCAUGUUGAGUGGAUUUCCGAGUUGGUGCAGUAA